CUAGCUAACGUCUGUCGUUGAACCCGCUCAGGGUAGCUAGCUAGCUAGCUGGCCAGCCAUGUCGUCCCCCUCCUCCUCCAGGCGCCAGUGGUGCUACCUGUGCGACCUGCCAAAGAUGCCGUGGACUGUGGUGUGGGACUUCAGCGAAGUGGUUUGCCGUGGCUGCGUAAACUACGAGGGAGCUAAUCAGAUUGAGUUCCUUAUAACAAAUGCCCGACAUUUGAAACGAACUCACGGGAUGCAGGACGGUAACGUCAGGUCACCUGGUCCCUCGCCCAAUAAACACGGCACAUCGGGCAGAGGAGACGUGGAUGGAGGCAGACAGCACAUGGACCGCUUUGACAGGGGCGGAAGAGGAGAAAGCACCGUGUCAGCUAUUCGUGUGCCGCCCAACGGGCUGCACCGCGACGGCCAGCACCCUCAAGAAUUGAACCGUCAGAGCCCCAGCGGCAGCCGAAGACCCAUGCUAGGCGCUGCCAUCCCUCCUAAUUUAGUGAGUCAAAGUAUUGCAGGGAUUCCCCAUGGGUUACUUACGGGCAUGCCGGCGGGUCUAACCGCCAGGACAGCCCCAAUGAGCAGCCCCAUGAUCUUCCCUGCCCCGGUGCUGGCCGAGAUGAGCCGCAGACAGCUAGGGAUGGGGAUAGCUCCUUUUAUCACUCCGGAGCUGGAACGAGAGCUCAGUUCGUCCCAGAAUCAGCCCAAGAUGCAGACACAGAUCCACACUGCUGUGGCCGGCAGCAGUGCCAGUAAGAGCACGGGCAUCCCUUCUUCUACCUCGACCCUGGCUGGAGGGGUGAGCCAAACCAGCCCCAAGCCUGCCUCGUCGCCAGCCAGGCAGCCACGUCCCCUAACUGCAAGGUCCGGAGGGGAGCCCCUGGGAUCCAGCACCUCAGCAGAGGCAGCCACCACAGCUGCAGCGUUACCCCACAGCGGUGCCUCUGAGCUGGGAUCAGCAUCUGCCAGCAGCACUCAUUCAACUGGAAACACUCUGUCCUGCACCUUGUGUCAUGAGAGGCUGGAAGACACACACUUUGUUCAGUGUCCAUCAGUGCCUGGGCAUAGGUUCUGCUUCCCCUGCACGAGAGUGUACAUCCAGAGCCGGCGGGGCGAUGGGGAGGUGUACUGCCCCAGCGGAGAGCGCUGUCCACUGGACAACUCUCCCAACAGUCCCCCUUGGGCCUUCAUGCAGGGAGAGGUGUCCACCAUACUCGGCACUGCCGGAGCAGGAGCUGCGUCAGCGGCUGCAUCUGGAGCCGGCAACGGGCCUGGAGCUGCGGCCGCGGCCGGGAGCGGAGCUGCCAGUGGAGCGGGAGCUGCCAGCGGAGAUGUCACCGUCAAGAAAGAGAGAGACACGUGAUGAUGGCUUCCAUGGAAACCGGACCAGGACCCACAGCAACAGAUUUGAAUCGCAUACCGGAAAGAGACGUCUGCAAUGGAGCUCUGAGACAUCCAGAAGAGAAGCAACACACUGGCUCACAGUUCAGAAAACCUCCAUUGCACAGGUCUUGACUUCAACUACUAACAUCACCCAAUUCUAUCAACAUUAUCCGACCUAAAAUUGCCUUCGCUGUACUGUUGGAAUCAGACAUUCAGGGCCAAUCAACAGCUGAACAGUGGCUACUUUUUGUUGUGUUAGGAUUAGUUGUGUAAAAACAACUGGGCUGCGUUUCAAUAGUGGUUCAACAUGCUCUCGUUCACUUCCCCUAAGCACUUGCCCUGGGGGGGGGAAUCCCUGCCCCCAUCUUAAGUAUGGUUCCAAUUGUCUAAAAAAAUGAAGUGAACUUGGUGAGAUCAACCCUCAGAGGGCUGAGGGAGCGUGUGAAUAACGACGGUCACUCCAGAGGUGGAUAUCACCCACAAUACAUUGCAGUUAUACAUUUGGGGCAAGAAACUAGAUCCUUGGUUUGGUCUUGGCACAUUUUUAUCUACUCUAAAUGUCCCUUUAUUUCUUUUCGUCCUAUUUUUUUUUUGCAUUUUAAUUAUCGUAUAAACAUGGAAAAGUGGAUCGACCGGCAUUGUGCAAAUGUUUUUUAAUUGAAAACAACAUUGGCAUAUACACACAAUGUAUAUUCUCACAAUGUAAUACUGUCCAUCAAUAAAAGGGUAAAAAAAUACUUAGACGGGGGGGGAAUUGGCAUCAGCUGUGUGCUUGGCCUUCAAGGGAUAUUUCAGACUGGACGUGCUGCGACACACAGAUCACUUUGGUCUGGUCAAUGGAAUAUUUGGCAACUUUUUAAAAAGUAAACUUUCCAUUCAGAAUCUUAUCUGCGUCCUUUUCGGCGUCUCCCGUUCGCCAUCCACUCAAAACGUAACGUUACUACUCUUUGGCCCGCUCACAAGCCCAAACAAGUGUGUGGGCGUGCCUGUUGUUGUUGUUGUUUCCUGUCUAGCUAGAUCUGUGGGGUUGUUGUAGUUUUUCUAACGUUACUAGUUGUUGCAGCAUCAUGUGUAAAAAAACUACAAAGUUUGCUAGUCCAAAAAGAACGUUAAUCUCACGAUAAAAAAAUGACACCGUUAAAAUGGGUUUGCGUUAACGCCGUUAAUAACGCGUUUAACUGACAGCACUACUUUAUACGUUUUAUUUACAAGAUAGUUGUAUGUGUAAUGUAAUUAAUAAUGAUACAGAUCACACAAUUCUAAAUCUAAAACUCAUGCAGCUGAUUGCCAAGCCUCAUUGAAAUGAAUCUGCAGGUAUUUAUGAUGUGUAAAAAGCAGUACUAAUACUUUUUUAUAAAUAUUUGUAUUGCGCCUUUCAUACAAGAAAUAGGCCUAUUGUACAAUAAGAAAAUUGCGUGACAUAAGCAGACAUAGAAUGAACAUUAAAUGGGGAUAAAAAGCCAUAAUUAAUAAAAAACAAGAUGGAUAUUAAAACGUACUAAGCCUACAACUGGCGGUCGAUCCGUAUAGUUUGGGCUUAUAGUGAACGAGGGCAGGUCUGUUCCAUUUCACAUAUGCUAUGACAUCAUACCAAGGGCUGAGGGGAAGUGAAGGAGGGCAUGUUAAAAACAACUAAUGAAGCGCAGCCCUGAUCAUGCCCACAUUAGCACUGCCAGCUAGCUACUGUUAGCAGCUGGACACAAACGGGCUGAAGCCACGUAUAGACUCCACCAGUCCUUUCUCACUUUUCUACAAACAAAAACCUAUAUCAUCAUUGCAAUCUUUUGAAAGAUUUUGUAAUCACAUAAGCAACUGUCCCACUUGAUUAUGCACCUUAUGAAACGACCAGUGCCAACAGGACUACUGAAAUGUCUCUAUUUCUCUUAUCUGGUCACUAGUGUAUUAAUAUAUCACUGGUUUUAUUUGCUAACGGUAGCUUGUUAGCAGGCCUAAUAUAAGGUUGUUUAUAGUUUCAAAUGAUGCUGCUCAAACUCACAGCAAGUAGCCACGCUCCAGUGUUUAUUGUAACAAUACACGCGAUAGUGUAUUUGCAUGGGAAAGCACAGAAAACUUGUUUGGACAAAUCCAACACAAAUGUUGAAAUGCUAAAACCGGGGCCACGGUUGUUCUUUAUCUUUCCCAGUGGUGAACAAACUUUGGCUGGCAACUUGCAGCAGGCGGUCAGAUAUCAGACUGUUGGAACAAAAAUACAAGCUGUUGUGAGUUGAAACAAGUUGGAACGCGCCAUGCCAUUUUCCUCUGCUAGUGCUCGGUCUAAUAAAAUCUUUGUGCUUCUACAACUAGGAUUAACAUUAAAAACUGACAUGACACUGACAAUUAUCAUGACAAAGUGUACCUUAAAUUUCAACUUAUUUUUGUUUUAUGACUGUAGCUAUGUCUUGGUGCACAAUCAUAUUGUUUAAAAAAAAAAAAAAAAAAAAAAAAAAUACAUAUAUACAAAAAACAUGAAACCGACAUGAGUUAUGGACAGAAUGCCAGUAGUGACAUUUCUCUAUGUGUCUGUGCAUUUGUAUUUUUCUUCAGCGCAAAGUAAUGUUGACUUUGACUCAGAGAAUAGAGUGUGUAGAAACAACCAGUUGAUGUGUCAAAGCAUAGAGCAGCCACAGAGACUCUUUGUUUAACUGUAUUUAAAUGUUGCUUUCAUACAAGAUCCAGCCCAGCCUACGCUUUACCCCGAAUGUAUAUGAAAAGAUAUCUAUCGAUAGGCCUAGGACUAUAUUUUAUACUUAAAUGUUAUAUACUGUAUAGAUCUAUGAUAGUAUGUGCAAUCCUUAGUUAUAGCAUAUGCACCAGUUUGGAAUAUGUAAUUAAAAACAAUGCUGUAUUUAUCAUUUCUUAAACCUUUAGUUUUUUUUUAAGUGAGAAUCCACCUAAAAGCGGAAAAUGUUCUUCUGUACUUAAAGCCCGACGAUAAAGGACUUUUAAGGCUGAUAUCUAUACAAAUAUUUGGUUAUUUAUUUGGUUAUUUAAAAUCCGAUAUUCCGAUCUAUCGGCCGAUUAUUUUUAUAUAUACGUUUAUAUUUAUAAAAAUAAUCCAGAAACGCAAAACAAAACAUUGAUUUCCCUAACAUUAUUAUUGUUAUUUGUAGUUAUUUAUGAAUCCUCACCAAGAUAAUAUGAUAAUGCAAUUAAAAAAUAAACUUGUUUUAUGGUCAGAACAGAAGAACAUCAAAAUAUAUUAAAGUUCUGAUAAAUAAAAUUAAAACAAUAAUAAUAAAAACAAUUAUGAAAAAUUAAAAAAAUAUAAAAAGUCCUUUGAACAAAAAUACAUCAACAAAAAAAAAUAAUCGGUGUCCAACAGGGACGUUGUAGAGCGUCCUCUGCUGGACAAAGUAUGCAGCACCAACACGCAUUACAUGGUUAUGAGUAUUUUUUAAAUAUUCAUUUAUCAGAAUCAUUUAUAAUGACAAAUGAUUCUGAUAAAUGAAUACUUAAUUAAAAAAAAAAAACAUUUAUCGGCCAUUAUAAUGCAGAUACCGAUCGUUUGGAAAAUGCCUAAUAUCUGUCGGGCUCUAUCUGUAAUCAUGAAAGGUUUAACUGUUGUACAUGAAUUUGUUUCUCCUGAAAGGAGACUUCUUAACACCUGUCACUUAUAUGUAGUGGACACUGUAUUUAAAAGUAUAUAUUUUUUCAGUUUGCAGAUGAUGAAAUUAAUCUGAUCUUAAUUUAAACAAACAACCUCACAUUCGGUUGAAUUUGCUUUCCGUUCACAUCCAUGUCAGGAGAACGAAUGUGGACGACCAGUCAUACUGAACAUCUAAUCCAGACUUCAUUUGCCAGUUACAAAAGAAUGUGCAGGGAUUUCACGUUCCUAAAUGUAACAGUUUAACAUUUUAAUAAUCACACAUUACAACAAAUUAGUUUUUUGGUGGAUUCUCUCUUUAUGUGCAGCAUGUACUCGUCAGUACAGAAGCACAGACAAACCAAAGGUAAUUUUAUGCCCAAAUUUAUGUUUUCCGGAUAAAAAAGUUUAAAGAGGAAUAUAUAUAUACAGUAUAUAUAUAUUAUACUGCAUUAUUUUUUUUUUCCUUGGCCAGGUCUUAACCGGCUUUCUUCAUCAAGCCGUUACAGUUUACAGGCCUGUGUGGUCUACUGUACUAAUGGGAUUUUAUAUAUAGUAAAUGUCUAUGGUAUGCAACAAAUACUUAUACAGGCUUUCUACAAUAUCCCACGGGUCAGGUCUGUUGUAGAGAAAUGUCUUUGAAGAAGUGGAAUUUAAGUUUAAUAUGCACUGAUACAUCAUGCAAUCCCUUGUUAAGUGCCUUUUUUUUUUAAAUGUUUACCGUCUGUGUGUCUGGGAGCCUCAGGGGAAGUAGGAGUUCAAUGGUUUAUUUUUAAUUGUCUAGUCAGUGAUUAACCUGAAUCUGUUUCCCUUCAAUUGCCAUCAGACGUAUUUUUGCUUUCACCCAAAGCCUUUGUAAAGUCGGCCAGCCAUUUAUUGUCUUGAUAUGGUCUAUCCUCGCAUCUCUCUUCUUUUCAUGUAUGUGUCAUCUUGAGAUCUGUUGGUUUUAUUGGAGCUUCAUGUACAAAAUAGAAAAAAGGAAUAAAUUGGAUGGAAAAACU